AUGUCAUACUAUUUGUCGCCAGAAUCCAGAAGGUGUCGUCGUUGUAAGAGAAAGAGACUCGACGAUGAACCUCCUGAAGUACGCCAGUACAAGACCUGUGCCAAGUGUAGAAUUAUUGAAAGACAGAAGAAGAAGCUGAAAAAGCCAUUGGCUGAGGAAACCAUGGUUUAUGGUAUGAGACAGUUACAAGAACAACAACCUGGAAGCUGGAAUGAAGAUUUUUUCAGCCGUGACGAUGCUUUCGAGGAAAGUAGACCUAAGACUAGAUCAUUGAGAGAACCUCAAUCUCACUCUUCUUUGGUAGCUACCGCUGCAGCUGCAGUUUCUGCAAGCAAUGGGGCCGCUGGAGAUAUUUAUCUGAUGUACGGGUAUGAGGUUGAUCCUAGUUACCACUAUGAACAGCAACAACACCAACAGCACCAGCACGUUCAGCAGCAACAACAACAGUACCAACAGCAGCAGCAUGUUUACAAUCCACCGCAAUCCAGUAUCGACUACUCCACGCCAGUGCCCUCAACUCCAGACUUAGCCUCCAAUAACAAUAUCAGUAAUAGCAGUAAUGUCAAUAAUAGCAACAAUGGCAGUAGUAGUGUCAGCAGAAGUUUGGGCAAUGGCAACGCCAAUAACAAUAACAAUAGUGGUACCAAUAAUGCCAACUAUAUUGCUUCAAAAUGUGACGUUUGUGACGCCAACACCACCUCGUCGCUCUGUUCAGACUGCUUUACUGACCCGUACCGAAUUUCUCAUGUUUACUCUGACUUUACGAAAUUUCUCCAGGAAAUCUCGCCAGAAAAGAAUCUUGAGACUAAUUCUCUUACAUUUAUCAAGGAAGUUGUUGCUGCUACAGACUUUAAUGAAAACUUGGACACGAAUAACACUAACCCUGCCAACGAAAGACAGUACAGAGACCUUGUUUUGAACAGCAUCAAGCAGAUAUAUCUCAAUCCAGUGAUGGCAGCCACCGGAUUUAAGUUUAAUAGAGUUUCAUCAAACCUUGCUUCAUCUAGCUCCAACUCCACGUCAAUUGAUCCGAUAACAGGCAAGUACACUCACAAGGGUAGUACUCCAAUCAAAGCGAUCUAUAAAUGCAAGAUGGGAGACGAAGUAAGUGGGAUCAUCCCCAAUGUUGAAUUGAUUUUAACCUACAAUUUAACAUCGAAUGUUAUUGUGAUUAAGUUGGUUAGAGACGUUGCGGAAAUGAAAAUGAUUGCUGAAGUGAAAUUGAAGAAGAAGGAGGAGAAUGAAAGAAGAUUGGAGCAGUUAGCACAAUUAGGACAGCCCGGAACUACACUGGUUGAUCGAGAAGUCAUUUCUGAGCUGAAGUACCCACUUAAAUUUGUCAAUUUGUGUGAUCGAAUUCUUAAGACUCUUAUUUUAGAGAACAGACAACCACAACUUCAAUUAGGAUAUAAUCAUUUCAGCGGGGGGUUGAUAUUCGAUGUAUUGAAGCAGAGGAAGGACGAAUAUCCAGAGGAUCUCCAGUUAUUGAUUGGAUCGUUUAAAGAACCGAACGAGUUUGUGAAUGAGUUUCUUAAGUUUGAGAACAUAGUAGGAAAUAAGGUUGUGAUUGAGGGAGGUCUCAGGCAGGCAGACCAAGUGAAGGACGAGGUCAGUGAAACUGUGGCCCCUCAAGUAGAAGGUGGAUCCGCGGCCGCUUUCAGGACAGUAGGAGAAGAAGGAGCUCACGUAGAAGGAGAAGUUGAAGGUGAAAGAAAAGAUGACAAGCUGGAGAUCGAAUCCAAUGAACAGGUACCAGUCGUCGAGGGAAACCAGGAUGGAGAAUCUGAACUAGCAAAAGAUGAAGAAAGUGCAGAAGGUACCAAAGAAGUGAACGAUAUUGAGACUGUACCUGUGCCUGCACCUGCACCUGCAACAGAAUCUGUAUCUGCGCCUGGGAACGAAUACGAGCCCCAAGGAGAGGAAGAGGAAGCUGAAGUACAAGCGAAAGAUGUGAAAAUCGAUACCGCUGACGCUCCAGGCAACGUAUCAAAGCCACUAGGAGACACGCCAACUGUUAACGUUGAUCCGGUGUUUGGGCAGUAG